AUGUCGGUUGAGGCUGGGUCGGAUGUUUCAGUUCGUGGUAUUCCUGGGGAUUCGGAAAGUGGGCGGACUCAGGACAUAGCAGUUGACUGGUCAGACCAUGCCUUAUGGUGGCCCAAGAAGAACAUGUGGCUGACCCACACCAGGUCAACACUGGACCAGUAUGGAGUUGGGGCAGCGGCACAGUUGGAGUUCACACCCAUGCACAAGAACCUCCGUGUACAGCUCCCAGACCUUCGCUACAUGGAUUUCAGAGUGGAUUUCUCCAUCAAGACUUUCAAUGCUGUUGUCCAGCUCUGCAAACAGCUCGGAAUCCGUUACCCUGAGGAGCUGUCCUUCUGCAAGCCAAUUACCCAAGACAACCUCAAAUACAAUUACUCAGAGAAGAUGAUUAAGAAGAAAAGCACAGCGGCCACAAAGAAUGGCACCCCUGCAGACACUAACUCCUUCAUUGCCAACCAGUCGCACAACUCGAGCAAUGGCUCCCUGGACCGCUCAGCUGCCUCACACCACAUGCCAAACUCCCCCACCAGGACACCCAUUGGAUCCCCGACUGGCACCUGGAGAUUCAACAGCAAUGGGGUUGGCAGCCUCAACAACACAAUCGACAGUAUUGAUGGCUCAGACGAAUUUGUGGCUUCACUUGCCAACUCUCCCAUUCAUCCUUCAGAAGAGGCUCGCAACCGGCUGGUCAGGCCCAAAUCCCUUCUGGAAAGAGCAAGGAUGAAUGUAGCCUGGCUUGACUCCUCCCUCUCUAUCAUGGAACAAGGAGUUCGAGAGUUUGACACUCUCCUCCUCCGCUUCAAGUUCUUCUCCUUCUAUGACCUCAACCCUAAAUACGAUUCUGUGCGUAUCAACCUCAUCUUCGAGCAGGCUAAGUGGGCCAUAAUGAAUGAAGAAAUCGACUGCACCGAAGAAGAAAUGCUCAUGUUUGCAGCUCUGCAGCUCCAAGUAAACCUGCAAGUCAAUCAACCACAGCCGGACAUGAACAGUGGAGGCGAGGAUGACAUCGACCGCGCACUCAGUGAACUGCAGAUGUCAUUGGAGGGCUCCCAUGUGUCCUCCACUCCAGCUGACAUCAUGCACAUCCCAGAACUUGCAGACUACCUCAAAUUUAUGAAGCCACGCCGUUUCACACUGAAGGGCUUCAAACAGUACUGGUUCACAUGUAAGGACAUGAACCUCUGUUAUUACAAGACCAGUGAUGGCACCAAUGAGGACCCCAUUGAGAGGAUCAGUCUGAGAGGAUGUGAGGUUACUCCCGACGUGAAUAUUUCACAGCAGCGCUAUGGUAUCAAGCUGGAAGUGCCAGCCUCAGAUGGCAUGACAGAUUAUCUUAUCAGAUGUUCCACAGAGGAACAGUAUGCGAGAUGGAUGGCUGCCAUGCGUCUGGCGUCCAAGGGAAAAUCACUCGCAGACUCUUCUUAUGACAGUGAGGUCAAGUCUAUCCUGGCAUUCCUAUCCAUGCAGCAUCCAGCUCCUGCUCCUGUCAUCAAUCCAGAGAGCCUAGACAUCCAGCCAGAGCUUUACCUAGCACCUAGGUUUGUGCGUCGCAUAAGAGGCAAGGGGGGCUGGUGUGCUGGCCCAUUACCUGACAAUAUGGCAGUGCAGCGCAUUCUGGAAGCUCAUGCCAAUGUUAAGGACCUACCACUGACAGAAGCCAAGCUGCAGUACAUCCGGGCUUGGCAAGCUCUGCCCGAGUAUGGCAUUGCACUCUUCCUGGUGAAGCACAUGGGACACAAGCGUGAGGAAUUGCUAGGUGUGGCUUUCAACAGAAUAAUGAGGAUGGAACCUAACACUGGUGACCACAUCAAGACAUGGCGUUAUAACACCAUGAAGGCUUGGAAUGUCAACUGGGAGACAAGACACAUGAUGAUCCAGUUUGAAGAGGAGAAUGUGGUGUUCUCUUGCUUGACUGCUGAUUGCAAGGUGGUUCACGAGUUCAUUGGUGGAUACAUUUUCCUCUCCAUGAGGACGAAAGAUGCAAAUCAGAACCUGAAUGACGAACUCUUCCACAAACUGACGGGAGGCUGGGUCUGAAGAGGGAGGUAGACACUGCUUGCACUUAUAGAAGUUGGCUUAAUGCCAUAUCAUUUUAGCUUUUUUUUUUUCCCUCUUAUCUUUAUAUACUGAUGGUCAUUUAAACUUGUAUGUUAUGUGUAACUGCAGGAAUGGCUGCUUAGCUAAUCAUUGCAAAAAAUGAGUAUUGGCUUGAUGCCAGGAAAGUUGCAGAAAUGGUAUGAUUUUUAUUAAUUAUUAGUAUUUUCUUUGGAAGAAAUGAGUUGACAAGCAUAAAUCCAUAAAUAAUAGAAAGUUCAAAGUAAUGAGCUUUUUUUGAAAUAUGUAGAUCAUAAAGAGCACAAUUUUAGCCUAAGGAUUCUUCAAGUUUGGCAGUGGCAGCAGAUUUUGCCAGUUUUUAUAUACAAGUUAAGUCGUUGCCACAAAGUCCCUACCACAAUAUAUAGUGAUAAGUGUUCAUACCAAACUGUACAUUGCUAAAACAAAGCCGUGUGAGUGAAGCCGUGCAUGUGACUCUGUAGCUUGGAAUUUCCCUCGCCAAUCUUCAAGAAAAGAGAAUGAAAUAUCCUGAGCGUGGAAGUAAUUUGAUUGUUGUAUGUUAGAAGUCAUAUAAAGAAAAGUUCUUCCAUGAAACAGUAUUGAUGCUGAAAUGGUUAUUCUGGUUUUGUUUGUUUUUUGUGAAUGACCAAUAUAAUAGACUUGGGUGAAAGUGGGUAGUUUCAUAACUUACAUAUAUGGUGUUCUCCUGCUAUCCAUUAUAAUAUGCGCAAGAGAAGGAAGCCUGAUCAUGACUUCAGCUGCACAUUGAGAGUAGAGUACUGUGCAAACAUGUUAGACUUUGAAAUAAUCGAGAGUGACAAAGAGUACUAAGCAAUGUCAAUUUGAUACUGCUAUGGUUAGGUACAGGUAGACCAACACCUAAUUUGUACACUACCCACCUUCUGUAGUUAUGUUGCUAAUAUUUAUGCUUGUUAAAAUUUUAUAUGGAAUAUUGUAUGAAGUGUUAAGAAAAGAAUCAUUAUUAUUUUGAGAUUCUAUAAAAGGUCAUAGUUACAAGAACUGAUAUGUAUAAUUUUUUGUAUGCUAAAGCUUUAUUAUACUAUGCACAUUAUUUAAGCCUUCCAUUGAUCAUAGUUUUGGAUCCCAAUGUGAAUGUCACUGUUCUGUCAUGAAAGAAUUGUCAUAAUUGUGAAGAAUAAAUUUUAAUUCAGGCAUUGCAUAAUAAUAGUUAGAUAUGUCAAGCUUUCUCAGUAGAAUGUUAUGGUGAGACUAGUAAGAUAAAAAAAUAUAUUGCUUAAUAUAUACAGAGGCUGUUGCUUGCUAAUUAAGUAUUCACAUAGGUUAGAUAGUUGAGAUGUAUUGUAUGGACAGUUGCAAUGUGAAGACUAAGGGAAGGUGUCAGUUGCAGAUCUUAUUUUAACAUUUCCUAUGCUCAAAGUCAUAGACAAUCAGAACUGUAAGUUGGUCUGCACUUACCUUUAAAAAGUGGUUAUGAAGUGAUGAACUUGUAUGAAGUUAAGGACUUUUGGAAGAGACCUUAAAAGGCAUAACCUUGCUUAUCAUUUCUUACUAUAAUUUUGUUAUUAUUAUUGUUAUUCAGUUAAGCAUUAAAAAAAAUACAUCUGGUAUGUAGUGCAGGUAAAGAGGUGAUGUGCUGUAAAUGAUACAAAGAUCAUGAAAGCCUUAUGGAAUUGCCAUUUCUUUUUUUAGUUUUCAUAUAUUUCUUAAUGUGCAAAAUAGUGGUUCUGCUAUGAAAUGCCGGGAAAAUGUUUGUUUGGACUAGAAAUGAAAUAUGUUUUGAGUUGGCAAAGGCUUCUUGGAACAAUUUGUAGGAUGUCUUUUAACCAAAUUUAAAGUUGAUCUUCCCAUUGUAGGUUUCUUUCAUUCAGUUUUAUUUUGUUUGUUUUUUUCAAACUCAUCAUAUAAGGCAUGAAGUACUUUGCUGUUAGAAUAUUUGCUUUUAGUGCACAAAGUUUUUUUUUUUUUUUUUUUUUUUUUUUUUUUUUUUUUUUUUUUGCAAUGAAAGUGUUUAGAAUUGCAGGGAUAUACUGGUGUUCAUGUGUAUUUGGUCAGAACUGUAAACCUUUACUCUAAAGUGAAAUUAAAAAAAAACAAAAACAUAUAAAUAUAUGUGUGUUUGUGUGUAUAUAUUAUACAUAAUCACAUACACACAUAUGUAUAUACAUAUACUUGCAUAAAUAAUGUAUAUAUUCUGGUAUAUAUGAUACAAGAAAUUCCCCUCUGAUGGUACUAUAUAAUGAUCGAAGAUCUUUGAUAAAGCAGAUUAUGUCCAGCUCUAAUGAUGUCUGCCAACAUGUAGCCUUAUUAAUGGUGCCUAAUUAUGCAUUUAAUGUUGAUAGAUAUUAUAUGUGUAUCUCACUUGAUCUUUUAAAUUGUUCAUAUUUGUUUAUCCUUUAAAUUUUAUAUGUAUUCUUAACACAUUACCAACAAAAGGGUUGUUAUUUUUUUAAAGUGUGAAGCUACCAAACUAAUUAUUAACCUUCCUUGGACAAAUUUCCAAUAAUCUGGGAAAUAUAGAAUACAAGAGAGACUGAAGGCAGGGUUACUGUCAUAUAAUCAGAAAAUUCACUAUUAUGAAUUUGUAGUCAUAUUUAUGUAAUUUUAGGUCAGCUCAAGUUUCUUUUAUUUAUCAGCAAGCAUAAGGAAGAAAGUGGGAUGGCUUUUGUCAGUGUGGAGGGUAAUUCAAAAAUGGCUCUAGUUGGGUAGUAAAUUAUAUAUCAGUUGUUGGCUUUUUCAGCUUCAAUACAACUAAUUCAUGUCAAAUCCCAUAGAAAUGUAGACAUUCAGGAUCCCCUGCCCCCAUGUACUUUAAAGGAUAUGCAGCUGGUGUCAACUUUCUCUCCUAUAUAAUCUUCCCUAAUAAGGAAAUUUACCAGUCAUUCCUUUAUUUCUUGUUUUUACUUUGAUUUUAUUCUCUCAUCCCAGUUCUCCUUGGUUAUAAGCGAGUCAUGAUUCCAACUUCGUCUCUCUCUUUAUAAGUUAUUUAUUAUUGAUUUCUCAUUUUUAAAAUAAAGAAUGAAAAAAAAAUGUGGAAUAGCAAGGAUAUAGAGUGAGAAUGAACACAAGUUAAUGAUGAUAAGGUAAAAAUCACAGCAGUCAAACUUGUUCAAGACAGCCACCUAUGGGACCUGAAGAAAACUAGUAUUGCACAGAGGUGACUGUCUGAAACAGGUUUACUCUGUGACAUCUGUUGAGAGCUGCCCAUCUCCUGGGAGACAGAGCAAGCUAGAGGUUUGCUUUUUUCUUCCCUUGAAUAUUAAUAGACCAGAUUAGAAUGACAGAAUGCAUGGCCUUUUUAUUAUAAUGAAAAGUGAAUAGUUUAAGGAAUCUCAGCAUGAUAACAUUAAUUCUUCCAUAAAUUUAAUAAACCUUCAGAUAUGGCAAAGGAAAAUCUGAUUGGGAGAAGUCUACUUGUUGAACAUUUACAAAGAUUUAUGGCACUAUGUGGUUAAGAGUUUUAAUCCAGAGAAAAAUAUCCCGUUGUAGGAACUCUUUGAGAGAUAGUAUUAGUUUUGUAAGAUGUUAGUCCACUUCAGAGAACUACUAUGAAACCUUAUCCAAGGGAUAGCAUUAAGAUUCUGCAUACCUCACAGUGUAACCUUGUCUUCCUAUAUAAUCUGACAUCCAUUCCCUUCCUCUUUGACCCACCUGAGAAGUGUUUUAGAUUUGUAUGUAAAUAACCCAAAUGUAUGACUGACUGUAAAUAUACUUUUAAUUGUUUUUUUCUCUGCUCAUUUUUGUUGUCUCAAAAAAAAAAAAAGAAAAAAAAUACUUAGCUUCACUUUUACAUGCAUCUUUCCCGAUGUAGUGAUGUGGUUGGUCCUUGUAACAGGAAAAUGCAUUGCUGAUUAAUUUACCAAAUAUAUGUGAUACCCAGUA